AAAAAAAGAGGUUGUGAGACACUAAAAUAAGCACAAAAGGAUGAAGGCAAAGCUGGCAUACUCCUUCCUUUUAAACUACCCUUCUUCUCCUCAAAGCCCAGAGAAGCAAACCAAACAGCACAAACAAAAGAGAAGGAAACUAAAGAGGGGGGAGGGAGAGGGAGAGAAAGAGGAGGAAACGACAUGAAAGGAAGAGUAGGAGGAGGUGGAGGAGGGAAUGGAGGGGCUACAACAGACCUUCUGGUCUGCUUUCCCUCUAGAGCUCAUCUAACCCUGAUGCCAAAGCCGAUAUGCAGCCCAUCUCGGCCGACGGAGCCCAGCAAGCGCCGCUCAUCGAGGUCCGGCAACCGGGGCCAGGCCAGCCCCCUCUUCAAGACCAAGUCCAAGCACAUGAGCUCGGAGAUUGCCGAGCCGACGUCUCCCAAGGUCACCUGCGCCGGCCAGAUCAAAGUGAGGGCCAAGCCCAGGCCCAGAAGUGGCACCAGCGACAAGGACUGGCUCUCAGUGGUGGAGGAGAUCGAGAAGCUCCACAAGCACAGGAAGAGGCCCAACUGGCUUGAGGCCCUUGGCUUCAAGAAGGAAAUCAUGCAGUUCCUCGGGGCUCUCCGGGGCCUCCGCUUCGAUAUGAGGUGCUUUGGCUCGGUCGAUUGCACUACAGAUGAAGAAGAUGGUGAAGAGGACGAGGAAGAAGAGGUAGAGAAGGAAGUGGACAGCAGCGGCUCCACAAACAUAUUCUCUAAGUGGUUCAUGGCUCUAGAAGAGAACCAACAUCUUGGAUGUAAGAAAGAAGUAGAAGAAGAAGGGGAGGAAGAAGAAGAAGAAGAAGAAGAAGAAGAAGAAGAAGAAGAAGAAGAGAGAGAUGGUACUUUUAAUGAUGUUGCACCACCUUCUUCUGUGCCACCUCCAAAUGCUCUCUUGCUCAUGAGGUGCCGAUCGGCUCCAUCCAAAGGGUGGUUAGAGGGAGAAAGGGGUGGAGCAGGAGAGGAGGUGACUGCAAAGUUGAUCAGGGAGGAGGAGAAAGAGAAAGAGAGGUUGUUGUUGAUGAGCUAUGCCCCUGACUUCUUCAAGGUCUCGCCAGAAAUCGCAAAGGAGACUUGGGUGGUCGGGAGCAUGGAUCCUUUAGCGAGGAGUCGGAGCUGGAAGAGAUAAUGGAUGAUAAGGGAAGGGUGUUGUUGGUGGCGAUAGCGAAAUUUUCACACGAUGCUUGUGGUGAUGGUGGUAUCUUAAUAUCUUUUCUUUUCCCGUCUCUCUCUCUCUCCCUCUCUCCUUUUGGUGAUCAUAAAAACUCGUAUUUGUGUGUGUGUUUUUUUCCCAUUUUUAUGUUUCUCUCUCUCUCUCUCUCCUCUGGACAAUCCACACAACAGAGGUGAUUUGUUUGAAUUUUGAUACUGUUAACCUUGUACAAUCUCUAUUAUUGUUGUUGCCCCUUUUAAUUUGUUUGAAGGAUUUUAUAGAUUAAUAUAUAUAUAUAGCUUCUUUCGUUA